AUGGGGGGUGGGUGUAGUGGAUUACUACUGCGUCGUCUACUGCUUCUGUAUUUGCUGGGUUUUGUGCUCAGCCUCAGCCACGUUUUUUCAGGUGAAGCCGCCGUGGCUAAAGACGACCACCGAAUAGCGUGCACAACGUGCUUCCCCUCCCCACCUCCGCCACCGCUGCCGCCGACCGCCCCAGUCUUGCCCAACAGCCCACCGCCGCCCGUUAAUCCGUUCGGGCCCCCGCCGCCUCCGCCUGGAGUGAUUUAUCCACCCCCGUAUUACUACAUUCCACCGUCAAAACGAGAAUGGCGUACUAAUCGAAUAGAAGAAGAAGGCCUCAGCCGCAUUUUUUCAGCUGAAGCCGCCGUAUCCUCCAUCGCCGCCGUGGCUAAAGACGACCACCGAAUAGCGUGCAAAACGUGCAUCUUCCCCUCGCCACCUCCGCCUCCACACCCAGCGCAACCGCUGCCGUCCGCCCCAGCCUUGCCCAACAGCCCACCGCUGCCCGUUAAUCCGUUCUGGGCCCCGCCGCCCCCGCCAGAAGGAAUUUAUCCCAUAAAACCUCCAUAUGACUACUACAUUCUGCCGUCAAAGUCCGUUGUGUUGACAGCAAACAACCACUUAUUGUUUCUUUCUUCCUCCUUUAUGUUUGCCCUUUCUUUCCUCGUUUUUGCAUGA